AGUACUCAACAUAGUGCACUGCAUAGUAUUUUCUUACCUGUGGUGUUAUAUAUUUCUCAAUGAAUAUAUUACCGACUGAAGAAUCUGUUUUUAUAAGUAUUGAAGAUAAUGAAUUUCAAUAAAAUUUUCUUUUCAGUUCCAAAGACUCUUAAAAGUGUUAAUCAUAGUGCAAGUUACAGAAAUUUAAGUAGUUAUAAAAAUCUAGCUAUGAGAUUUGUUCAAUUUAAAGAUGGAUGUAAACGCGGAUUAGGUAUUCAAUUAGACAUUGAUGGGCCUGUAGUGAAUUUAAAUGAAGCAGAUUCUUCAAUUCCUUUUGAUAUGGUCUCCUUUUUAAAGAGUGAUUAUUCUUUAAAAAAUGUUCAAAAAAUAUUAAAUGAAAAGAAGGUGGUAUUAGAAUUAAGCCAAAUAGAACUUUUACCUUGUAUAACUGGACCUGAUAAAGUUGUCUGUGUUGGAUUAAAUUAUAAAGGACACUGUGAUGAACAAAAUAAACCAUAUCCUAAAGAACCAUUUUUUUUUUCUAAAUUCCCAAGUACAAUAAUUGGUCCUUAUGAUUCAGUAAAACACUCAUCAAUAAGCAAAGCUCUUGAUUGGGAAGUUGAAAUGGCAGUAGUUAUUGGAAAAAAGUGUAGAAAAAUUGAUGUUAGUAAAGCCUACGAAUAUGUUUUCGGUUAUACAGUAGCUCAAGAUAUAUCUGCAAGAGAUUGGCAAAAAACAAGGAAUAAUGGACAGUGGUUAAUUGCUAAAAGUAUGGAUACCUUUUGUCCAUUGGGAUCAGCUUUAGUGCAUAAAAGUGAAAUUAAUGAUCCACACACAUUAUCAAUUAAUUGUUCUAUUAAUGGCGUAUUGAAGCAAAAUGGAUCAACGGGUGAUUUAAUUCAUAGAGUCGAUGCACUAGUUUCAUUUUUAUCAAAUCUGAUUACUCUUCUACCUGGUGAUGUGAUUUUAACUGGCACACCAAGUGGAGUUGGUGUAUUCAGGGAACCGAAAGAAUUUUUAAAGGUUGGUGAUGUUAUUGAAAGUGAAAUAGUUGGUAUUGGUAAAAUGAUUAAUCCAGUUGUUGAUGAUGAUUAAUUUUAUAUAAGUUUUUCAUACAAAAAUUAGUUAAUGUAAUCAGUUAUAUUAUAUUCUUUAUGUAUUUAUAAUAAUAUUAUUUAUUAAUAAAUCAAAAUAAUGAUAUUA